AUGAAUCCAGCCCUUAAGCCAUUAGCGAUUUCGAGGUGUCCUUCAACUUGUGCGAUGUGCUGUUUGACGAAGCAGUUCGCCUGUAAUGACGCGAAUGCGACCAGUUCGACACCAAGAAAAUGCGUGGAUAGACCGAAUUGCGCACAAAUUGCUCAUUUAUGUAAUUCCGCGAACUUCUCGACAACCCUGAAGCAGCAAUGCCCUGUCACAUGUGGUGGGACGUGUUAA